GUAAUCGAUGUCAGUUUUUAAGAAUAUAGGAGAAAAAAUGGCUGACUGUUUUAAUAUUUUUUUUUUGGUUUUCAAUUGUUGAAUUAAUUUAAUGGAACUGUUUAUAAUAAACAAUAAAAGAAAUGUUAGCAUUUUUCAAUUAAAUGCCAAUUGAAAUAACGAUUUGUGCCGAAGACGAGAACAGUAACGUUAACGAAGGGAUUAAAUGAAUAGAACUUUCUUCGCGCAAAAAUAAAUCCUUUUUAAAAUUAGAUUUUGAAAGUCCACAACUAAGCAUUCAAAAAUGAUGAAUAACCAGUUCAAUGCUCCAAACUUACCGGGAGUUCAGGGCCAAUUGCCACAUGGCCAAAUGGCUCAACAUGUUGCGGUUUCACCACCUCAAAGCAGUGUUUUGAGUUCAUUUUACAGCCAUCCACAUCAGCAGCAGCACCAGCAACAACAACAACACCAUCAUCCCCCUCACACACAACAGACCCAUGCACAUCCUCAUCACACGCAGCAACAGUUAUCUGCUGCUGUGGCGGCUUCAGGUGGUUUGUAUGCCGAUCCCAGGCAAUUACAGCUAACCUCCAGUCCUCUAGAGAAGGCUUUUUACACCACAACAGCGGCGGCAGCUGCCUUGGGAACACCACAGCAACGUUUCUAUACCACAGCUCCGGGUACAGCCUUGGCAACAAGUCCUCCCACCGGACAUGCUCAUCCCAAUACAAUAUUGAUUACAAAUAAUUUUGCAUCGCAUCAACACCAAGCACCAGUACAAAGUCCAGAGCAACAAAGACUAACAGCUGCCUUGAAUCAAGGCAAUAUUCGAAUUGUUACCUCCUCCUCAGCAGCGGCCGGAAAUCCAAUAGCAUCAAAUUUCCAGCAGCAGCCAGCUCCUCAGCAUGUUUUCAAUUUGAAUAACUCGAAAACUUUACAACACAUUUUCCCACAACAUCUAUUGCAACAGCACCAGCAGCAGCAACAACAACAAAAUUUCCAUCACACCCCAGAAUUGUUGGCACAGCAUCAUUUCACCACAGCCCAACAACAUUUUGCGGCAGCACCAUCUGCUCAAAAUGCCGCGGCAAACACAACUCCCCUUCAUAUGCCUCAAUACUAUGUAGCCAAUGAAUCGCCCAGCAUUGGAAAUUCCAAAAUAUUGGCAAAUAUACCCAGCACCACCACAAACCAAAUGCAAGUCUCAGGUGGAGGUGGUGUUGGUGGCUCUAGUGCCGGGCCAGGAGCACAACUGCCCACAAAUGCGGGAAAUUCCUCAACCGUGGUAUUGGAUCGCAUAAAUAUAUGCAUUAAUAAUUUAUAUACCGAUACCACUUCCUCAUCAUCCAACUCCAAUUCGUUGGCCUCCACUCCGGCCCAGCAACCCUCACCCAUAAUACCAGCCAUACAACACAAGGCCAUAAUAGAAAGUGGUCCACCGCUGCCACCCUCCUCGGUCAGUUCCAGCGAAAUCUAUGAAUCAAAUGCUUUGGUGAUUGAUGAACCAGAUUCGACUACUACGGCGACCACUCCUCACACCCCACCCACAACACCCGAAAAUACUCCCCCCACAGCCUCUUUAAAUUCAGCGAAUAAAUCCCAUGGGAAUAGCAUCAGUACAACGACGAGUAACAUAAGUAGUCCAAGUACUUCAUCAUCGACGUCGGUGUCAGCAUCAAAUCCUGGCAUCCAGAGUUCCCAUAACAUUAGCACAACCAAGCAAAAUUUUGCAAAUGUGGCCCAAAAUAUAGAAGAAAUGGCCCAGGAGGAAAAUGAGGAGAAGGAGGUGGUGGUGGUGGGCAGAGGGGCCAAUAAAGUCACAGCCAUAACAUCGAGUAACACAGGAGCAAUGGCCCCAGUCAAUGCGCCUCUUACUCCACCCACACCACCCUCACCGGAAGUGAAAGUGGGAACUCAUAACAACUGCACAAUGUCCUUAUCUGCAACUCCCCCUCCACCAACAACACCGCCACCGCCGCCACCCUUUAUAAAUGGUGAAGAUGUUUUUAUCAAACGCCAAGAUGGCCGUUUCUAUUUGGGAACAGUCAUUGAUGGAGCCCAAAAUCAAUUUCUGAUACGUUUCGAUGAUAAAACCGAACAAUGGUGCAAGGCCGAGGAAAUGCGUAAACUUGGCGGUGCUGGCAAUGAUUCCACGGCACAUUCCAGCAAUCAGGCAAAAGACCAGGCCAUGUGUGUGGCAUGCAAACAACAGCAGCCCGAUUCAAAAGUGGAGAUUUGUGAACGUUGUGGCCGGGGUUAUCAUCGGAAAUGUACCCUGGAAACGUCAAAGAAUAGUGGAGUAUGGUUAUGCAAACGUUGUGACAAGCCCAUGAAGCUGGGCUCACACUCCGACGAUGAAGAGGAGGAAGAGGAGGAGGUCGACGACGACGAUAUGGAAAUUGAACCUUUACAGGUUGAGGAGGCUUGUCUUCAAUUACCAUAUGAUCUCAAUUCCCUUAGCUGGGACAGCAAACAUCGGGUGAAUGAGCAACAAAUCUAUUGUUAUUGUGGCAAAGCGGGAAAAUUCGAUCACAACAUGUUGCAGUGCUGGCAUUGUCUCAACUGGUAUCACAUUGAGUGUUCGCAGAAAUUCAAGGGCAGCCUUCUACGAGGAGAUGUCUUCUUUGUAUUCUGCUGUACGGUGUGCAACAAGGGUGAGGAGUAUUUAAGGCGCCUGCAAAUCGAUUGGGUGGAUCUGUUGCAUUUGAUUAUCUACAAUCUGUCCACCAUGAAGAAACAUCAAAAUCACAAAUAUCAUCAUUUGCUAAAGGACAUUUUCCCCUUUGCCAUGGAGAAACGUAUCAGUUUGCCCAUAGCUAAGGAGUGGAAAUCCAUGCCCGAAAAUGAAUUUCUGGAAAAACUGAAAAACACUCUAAAGGAUAAUACCGAACGUUUUGUGGGUGGCAAGGAAAUUAAAAGGGAUCACUACUUCUUUGCCCUGCGAACAAAUGGACCACCAUUUGUACAACCCAUAGCGUUGGAGAAAGAUCAAAUUAUAAAUGAUGAUUUCAUUCUCAAUGAUUUGAAACUAAAACUUCUACCCGAGGCUCCAGAAAAUCAGGAUGUUCAAUUUAACAAAUCCCAUGAAAUUCUCAAUCAAACACCCACCUCAAAACCCAAAGCAUUGGGGGAUAAAUGUCCCAGGGAUAUUUAUGCAUUUGAUGACACCUCCGAUGAUGAGAUACCCAUAAAAAUUAUUUUGGAUAAGGCCAAGAAGAAAACCAAAAGCCUGGAAAAUUUAACAGAAAUGGAGGAACAAAAGAGUGAACACAAAAUGAUCCCAUCAACAUCAACGCUGGAAAAACUCGAUGUGGAAGAUGAUAAUGCCAACGAUGCAAUACUCAGUAUUAAUAAUAAAACCGAAGAUGCCAAGGCAACUAUAGCCAGUUCGCCCAAAAAGGAAGAAAGCAAUGAAAAACCGAUAACAGAAACAACGACUGCCCGAGAGAAAAGUUCGCGGAAACGCAAAGCCUUCUCCCUUACCAAAAGCUAUGUGGAAAAACAGCGAUUAAUCGAUUCAUCUUCGGAUGAAAAUUCUAGCAGCAGUUCGCGCUGUACCUCACUGGAUUUGAUAAUACCGCCGCCAAAAAACUUUUUGGGGCAAAAUAAUCCAUUUCGUAUGAUCACGCCCAAGAAGAAAAGUCCCCAAUCAUCAUCGGCGACGGCCAGUGGCAGUGGUACGGCCGGUAGAAAAUCCGUUAGUUUUGGUCUGGUCAAUGGCUUGGAUUUCAGUUCGAAUUUGGCGGCGCUGAAAACGACGGGAUUGUUUCCUAAACUAAGCUCCAAGGCUGCCGGUCAGCCGAGGACCGUGAGAACCAUUAAACGAAGACUGAGUGCCAAAGAUAUAACAAUUGGACCGAAUCAAGAAGUGCGUCGAAGGCGUAUACGCAGACAGUCAGCCAAUGUUGAGGUCAUUAGUACAACCACCAUAAAUCCUAUUCCAACAAAUUAUUAUCCCAUACAUGCCAAAGAUUUAUUAGCAGCUGCUGCAGCCUCCACAACAACGGCUGCCUCAUUAUUUCAAAAUACAACAACAGCGUCAAUUUCAAAAUCAUCAAUCUCUUCAAUUUCAAAUUCAGUUAAUUUGCUGGCGGCGGCCAAUAACAGUCCAUCGUCGAGCUCCAUAUCUCCGACUAGCACAGAGGCGACAGCAGCGAAAGAUAUUACAAAUGCCGAAUCAAAACCCAUAAUACCCACACAUGGUCGCCGCCUAAGACAACGACCACCAAAAAGUUCCCCCAACACCAGUCGUCGAAAUUCAGUCUCCUCAAAUCAAUCAUCCGCCUCAUCGACGAUCACAAAUUCCUCCUCAUCGUCAUUGUCAUCAUCCGCACAUGCUCCGCCAGCCUCGUCGAACGCACAGCAAUCUCAUGAAGAUUUAAAACAAACUGUUAAUAAAUAUUUUGGUAUUGUUAAUCGUAUCGAAUCGGGAGAACAAUUCUCCAUACGUGCCAAACGUAAGCUACCCAAUGGCCAAAUGCAGUAUUUAAUAGAAUGGGGUAGUGAACAACAACAACAACAUCCGCCACAGACGCAUCAGGAAUUUUCAAAUAAUAAAUUAUCCCCCAAGGAGGAGAAUCCUAGCCAAAAUGCAAAAGAAACCAACGAAUUGGAAAGCGAGGAAGCAGCCACAACAGCAGACAGGGAAAACACCAGGCAAAAUGCAACACCACCGGGCGAAGAGGUGGAAAUGGACCAAGCAAGUGUUUAAGACAUAAGGAAUAUCAAACAAACCACAUAUUUGAGAGAGAUAGAGAGAGAUAGAGAGAGAGAGAGAGAGAGAGAGAGAGAGCAAAAAAGGUUGUACACCCCCCUCAUUUCUAGGUAUUCGUCUUUGUGAAAUAAUUUUGGCUUUAAAAAAAAUAACUAAAUUUUAUUAAGUGUUUUUGGUGAGUUGUUGUUCUUUAGUAUAUGGUUAAUAUAUUAGAUGCCUAUUACUCUUUGGUUACAUAUGUCAUGUCUCCAUCAUCCCCCAACCUCCCAUUAUUAUUAUUUUUUUUUUUUUUUUUGGAACCAUGUUAUUUGUAAUGUCUUUAUUUCAAGUUCUCCUUUUAAUUUGUUUUCCAUUUUCCUCCUUUUUAGUUUUAAAUGAAUUUCAUUACAAGUUGUUUGUGAAAAAUAUGAAGUCUCCAUUUCUCUUAGUACAAAACCAAUAAAACACCCCAGAAUGGAA